AUGCUGUUUUUCGUAAAGUGGGUCAACAUUGGAUAUCAUAAUCAAACCAUAUUGAUUACAAUGAAUGAGAAAAAGCUGGUGGAGAAUUUCACGAGUUACAUAAAUGUAUCCCCUAAGAAUAAUGGAGAGAAAAAUGGCUCUGUCCAGGAAUUAAAACCAAAACUCUUAAAUGGCGAGCUCAUCGUGGGCGCCGCGCACAGCGUGGUGAUGCUGGCGCCCCUGAGCGAACGCGAGCGCGGCAGAUUCGGCUCUCUCUUCGUUACAAACUACAAGCUGUCGUUUGUACCAUUAGACAUCUCUAGCAACGAUGAGUAUGGUCAAAAAAAUCAGCUAGUAGGCGUAUUCGAUGUUCCGUUGACGGGCGUCGGGGCGCUGUGGCAAACUGACGGGGGGCCCACCCGGCGGCGGCGGCUCCUGCCGCGCUCUGACGUGCCCGUCAAGUUGAAGGGAUUACAGAUUGUUUGUAAGAACAUGAAAGUAUUAACGUUCAAUUUUGCUAACUCAGCAAUCGGCAACGCAAGGAAAGUGGCGAUGGCGUUAUUACACCAUGCUUUCCCCAAACGACACGACUUACUGUUCGCCUUCGAGUACCGAGAGCCAUAUUACCCCACACUCCCCUCAGAUUUGAACAUGUUCCAAAGACCAAGCGAUUGGAAACGUGAACUAGAGAGAUGUGAUUGUCCUCAUUGGAGGAUAACUUGCAUAAAUGGCACAUCCGAUGCUUUUAUGCUCACAGCUGGUGAAACUCUAAUAGUGCCAAGUUCUGUUUUGGAUUACAAUUUAAUAGAAACGGCAAGGCAUUUUAGGUCAGGUCGAGUGCCAAUAUGGGUGUGGGGAAGGAGCGAGGGGGCUGCCUUGUUGAGGAGUGGUGAGCUCCUGCCCACUGAGCAGUCGGCGACAGCUGAAAGUGUUUUGUUGGAACAGGUUCGUCGAUCGCAUCCAAAAUUAACACCUCCCCAUGUGAUAUAUUUGUGUGGAAACAGUUUUAAUAAUAGUGGAUCGCCGGCGACUUUACCGCCUUUGAAUACAUUGAAUAUGGCGUUCAAGAAAUUGGCUGAUUUAUGUACACCCACCACUCUGUCGGGAUUUUGGAUGCAAGACUCGCAGUACUACUCCAUCCUGGAGUCGAGCCGCUGGCUGCGCCACGUGGCGGCGUGCCUGGCGGGCGCGGACGACGCGGCCGCGCACCUCGCCGCCAACGUCACCGUCGUGCUGCAGGAGGGUGACGGCGUAGAUUACUGCGCGGUGGUCUCGUGCCUCACACAGCUUUUGUUAGAUGAACAUUAUAGAACAAUUACUGGCUUUCAAUCGCUCAUACAAAAAGAGUGGGUUGCACUUGGACAUCCCUUCUGUGAUAGAUUCGGCCUUCCUCGUCCUGGAUCGUCGAAGGAAGAAGCAGAAAGGGAACCGACAGCACAAAUAGCGCCGGUCUUUCUGUUGUUUUUGGACUGUACGUGGCAAUUACAGAGGCAGUUUCCAGCGGCCUUCCAGUUCACGGAGACCUACCUGACCACAUUAUGGGACUGUGCUCACAACCAUCUGUUUGACACGUUCCUAUUUAAUUGUCCGAGGGACAGAGAAUUGGCUGUUUCUAAGAAUUUCGUGCAAAGACCAAUUUGGGACUGGGAGGAACAGUUUUCGGAGCAAGACAUUGCUCUCUUCUACAACCCGCUGUUCUCCGGACCGAUCAGGACUCCAACCACGCACAGACAUUCGCAGUCGCCGGGGGCGGGGGCGGGGGCGGGCGCGCGGCUGUCGCCGUGCACGUCGGUGGCGGGCGCGGAGGUGUGGGCGCAGUGCUACGAGCGCUGGCUGGCGCCGCUGGACGCGCCGCGCGCCGGACACGUGCAGCACUACGUGUUCCACUGCGCCGUGCGCGCGCAGAUACAAAAACUCAACAAUAAGUUAACAUCGCUGUCGAUAAUGAACCGUCAUUCCAACGGCGACACGGAAGUCGAUGUCGCCGCGACGCCCGUCGUCACCCGCUUCUACCCUUUCAGCCUGAAAAGCAACGACGAAGUAGGAAGAAACCUCGAUGCCAUGCAGGUCAGCCUCAUAGAUGCCAGCCAGCUAUUAGACUCUCAAUCCUUACUUAAUGCACCAGAU